GCGGCUGCGGCGGCGACGGCUACGGCGACGAGCAGCCAGGAUCCCGGAGCAGAGGAAGAGUUGGUGUGGAAGGGACCGGGCGUGGAGGCGGUGGCGACAUGGCCGUAAACCUGAGUCGGAACGGGCCGGCGCUGCAGGAGGCCUACCGGCAAGUGGUCACCGAGAAGUCACCCACGGACUGGGCCUUGUUUACUUACGAAGGCAACAGCAAUGACAUCCGUGUGGCCGGCACUGGAGAAGGUGGCUUGGAAGAGAUGGUGGAGGAGCUAAAUAGCGGGAAGGUGAUGUACGCUUUCUGCCGGGUGAAGGACCCAAACUCCGGCCUACCCAAAUUUGUCCUUGUCAACUGGACAGGUGAAGGCGUGAACGAUGUGCGGAAGGGGGCCUGCGCCAACCACGUCAGCACAAUGGCAAGCUUCCUAAAGGGGGCUCAUGUGACCAUCAAUGCUCGGGCUGAGGAGGACGUUGAGCCGGAAUCCAUCAUGCAGAAGGUUGCCAAAGCUUCAGGGGCAAAUUAUAACUUCCACAAAGAGAGUAGCCGCUUCCAAGACUCAGGCCCCCAGGCGCCAGUGGGCUCUGUGUACCAAAAAACCAAUGCUGUGUCUGAGAUCAAAAGGGUUGGUAAAGACAGUUUCUGGGCCAAAGCAGAGAAAGACGAGGAGAAUCGGCGGCUAGAGGAGAAGCGACGGGCUGAGGAGGAGCGCCAGCGACUGGAGCAGGAACGCAGGGAGCGGGACCUGCAGGAGGCGGCCGAGCGAGAGCGGCGCUACCAGGAACAUGCCCACGAGAUUGAUGCCCAAAGGAAGUAUGAGCAGGAGCAAGAAAAGAUUUCAAAGGAGCAACAGGAGGCAGCAUCUCAUCGACUAGCAAACCCACGUGAUAUUUUUAAACAGAAGGAGAGAGCGAUGUCCACGACCUCCAUUCUGGGCUCUCAGCCAGGCAAGAUUCGGAGCCCCUUCCUGCAGAGGCAGCAUACCCAGCCAGAAGUUUCUAUUACCAGAGAAGCCACCCCAGCUUCCCCAGAGCCAGCAACAAAUAUCCAAGUGCAGCAGGGCCCUGGUGCUGCUCCUCAUUCUCCAGGGCAGGCGGAAGAAGAAAGCUUGUAUGAGAAGCCCCCAGAGCAAGAUAAUCUCUAUGAGGAGCCCCCGCAGGUAGAGGAAGGGGCUACUUAUGAGUAUACUGACCACUACAAGCCGGGACCAGAGCUGGGCCAGAAGGGACUCUGUGCUAGGGCCCUGUAUGACUACCAGGCUGCGGAUGACACAGAGAUCUCCUUUGACCCUGAAAACCUCAUCACAGGAAUUGAAGUGAUCGAUGAGGGUUGGUGGCGUGGCUAUGGCCCAGAUGGCCACUUUGGCAUGUUUCCUGCCAACUAUGUGGAGCUUAUUGAGUGAAGGCUGCCUGUCUCCUGGCUUCUGGACUCUCCAGGUCAUUCCUUCACUCCACUGACGCAGCAUGUUACCUGCCCUGGAGGUUGGGUGCUAGGGCAGCACUGCCUGACAAGAGACCCAUUGGGCUGGGGAGAACGGGGGACCCAUAAACACCCCACCCCCACAAGACUUUUUUAUUUUUUUUUUUGCUGAAGUGGCCUGGCAACCCCAUUCAGUGCCUUUCCAGGCUUUGGGGUCCCUUCUGCUGGCCUAUAGUUUGGUCUCCCCAAUUAAGCAAUAACCUGGUGAUUUCACAUCCUCAGAGGAGGUCUGGGCCCGUCUGAUCUGCCAGUGUCUCCUGAACUUCUGUCCCUGUUGGUGGUGAUGAAGCCAGGCCCUCUUCCCCUUCACAGCCUCUGAGCCCUCCUGGCUGCGAGUGUCAGGCUUCUCCAGUACCUGUGGGGUCCCCUGGGGAGCCUGGCCCUCUUCCUUUUCCUCUUGCUUUUGAGGGGUGAUGGCUGCAACACUUAUUACUAGAAACCUUUGGGUAGAAUGAAUUUAGGAAGUGUUUUUAUUUUCAUAUAUGACCAAAACCAGCCUGGGGUGUCAUGGUUUGGAGGUAGUUUGGGAUUUUGUUUUGGGUUUUUUGUUUUCUUUUAAUCUGCUGCUCCCUCCAUUCCAUUCUCCUGUUCCUGUGGCCCCAGUGUGUGUGGGCCAAGGUUAACAGCCUACACCAGUGGAGUACAUGAAUCAAAUGUGUGAAAAUUUCUACAAACAUGACACACCCUGAAAUGUGA